AUGGGUUCAACCCAGUACGAGGCGCAGCCUAUACAGAUGCCGGAUCCGAUGGAACGAGCCAAGACCGGAGGUUUCCUGCAGCGAGGUCGAGAUCUGGGAGACAAGUUCCAGGCUGUGCCGCUUCUUCCCGGGGGAGCUCUCAACGGAGCUACAAUGCUGCCCAUGCGUGAGCAGGACCUCAGAGCCUGCGGUGGAGGCGGAAUUCAGUUUGCCCAGGCCCAGCUCUGGAACGGAGACGGCAGUCCGCAGGCCUGUCCGAAUCAGUUCCGCAAGGAUGGCCAGGCAGUGCUGACGCCCAUCGGCCAGAACUUUGCCAAGACGGAUAGCCAGGCUAUGUCUCCAAACUGGCAGCCGCACAAGGUCUACCUGCCGCAGGGUCUAACUUCCUUCGUCGUAGUCGGUGAGGCGCACCAGGACGUGGCGAGCCCGAACUCUCAGAGCUCGCCAAUCCAUGUGCAGGCAAUCCCACUGCCGAUGGGGACGCCCGUGCAGCGCGACGUUCAGGCAAUGCCGUUGGCUCCCGGAGCCGGGCUUCCUCAACACGCACAGCGGGACGGGCAGGCCUAUCCUUUUGCUGCACCUGGAGCACCAGUGAUGCCGAUGAGGGACUGCCAGGCUUUCCCCAUGCAGGGCAACGCGGUAGCACGGCCAAUGCCGUACGAGGGCCAGGCCUUUGUCGUGGCGCAUCCGAACCCCAACGCGGUACCUUUGCGGAGUGACUGGCAGGUUUAUCCCGUUUCGCAAUCCGGGUCGAGUAGCCCCGAGCGGAAUGAGAGCCAGGCAUUUUCGCAGAUGACACAGAUGCAGAAUCUCGGCCCAGUCGGACUGAUGCCGCUGGAGGGCCAGGUGACUGCUCCUCUGCCGCCUGGUGUGCCUAGUGAAGGAAGCAUUGGCCAUCCAGAGCUUUGCAGGAGGCCCUGCUUCUACUUCGCGAAAGGUUGUUGUACGAAUGGGAAGGACUGUGGCUACUGCCAUGCACAGCACACGGAGAAGGCCCCAAAGCUAGACAAGCGACAGCGUCUGGUCCUCCAGUCUCUCCCUGAGAACAUGCUCCUGGAGAUGCUGAUGAACCGCGUGCAGGAGAAGGCCGAAGAGAAGCGAAUGACAGCUGCCAUGACUGACAUCCUGGACCUGUGGCAGAAGCGGCUAGCAUACUUGGCCGUGAAUCCGCCGGUGGUGUCUCCCGAGGAUGCCGAAAAUCUGGCAGAAAGGUAUGUGCGGAAUCUGGACAAGAUCCUUCGAAGGAUGAACAUAUCGGAGCUGAUUGCCCUGGCAAUUCGCAGCGCAAAGGAGGAGCAAGGCUAUGUCGGCGAUCUGCGCGAGGCCAUGGACCAUGGCUUCAAUCUCUUCACAGUGUCAUUGUGUGUGCAGCCUGUGACAACAACCGAGUGCGGACAGCAGCAUGUGGCCGGACGCAAUCCGUUGAUUAACGCCGCAGAAAACAAGGUCGCGUUUUUCACUUUGGUUGCGUCUCGAAUGCAGUGGCAGCCCUGCGAAACGCGUGCUGCGUGGUGGGCCCUCAAUCUCCCAGAAAUCAGCGAUGUGGUAGAAGGCCCCCUGCGGCUCUGUUGCUCCUCGGAGGGCCGCCGCGGGGCCGAGGACAACAUCUACGAGGCCCGCAGGUGCUGCCCUGACAAGUGCGGCUCUGGCCAGGUCUGCGCUGCUGGUAUGACGGCUGCUCUGGGCGUACGCUCCCGUGCUACCACUUCUCCUAUAGUUUCGAAGGCCAUGGGCGCUGCAAUUCAACCCGCUGCCACUGCUUUCGCGGGCGCUUCUGCGGGCGCUGUCUCGGCAGCCCCUGCAGGUUCCGAGAAUGAGCCAAGGGAAGCAAAGACGAAGCGCCGGAUGCUGAUGCCCAAGAACAUCAAGUGGCGAAAGCCUCACAAGCCUCCAGUCAAGCCUUGGGACACAAACAGGUGGAAGUACAAGGGGGAGGCCUGGAGGGGCAACAAGCCCUACUUCGGCAAGUAUGCUUUGCAGAUCCUUGAGGAGGCAUGGAUCAAUGCACCGAACAUCGAGGCCUGCCGUCGUAUGAUGGUGCGAACUCUGCGACGUGACGGCGGAAAAGUGUGGCUGCGAUGCUUCCCGCAUUCGGCCAUUACAUGGCGUGGAAAAGAGACACGAAUGGGCGGCGGCAAAGGCACCAUCCAGUACUGGGUUCAGGCAGUCCGGCCUGGAUACAUCCUUUUCGAGGUGGAUGGUUGCAGUGAGGAAACUGCGCGCCGAGCCUUCCACUACAUGAUGAAGUACCUGCCCUUCAAGACGAAGUUCCUCAUCAAGGAAGGCCCUUCUCGCUUUGAGCUGGGUCUGGCAGGCAGCCUGAAGAGCAAGAAGCACAUCCCGGAAGAGUUCCGCAAGAAGUCUGAUGCCGACUAA